AUGAACGGCACGCAGAAGCUUGAUAUGUCCGCCCGCUGGCUUGAAAAUGCCAAGGCCCGUGAGAUCUUCACGGAUCCUCAGAAAGGCAUCGAGAAGACAGAGGUUGGCGCCCCCUUCAAGCUGACAGCCGCUGAAUUUGAGCUAAUGAAAUCUACCCUGAACAAGCUGCGAUCGGCGGUGGCAGACAUUCUGGAGCCCCUGCAGGCUGCACUGGAGAACAAGCAGCAGGAGCUGCACAAUGGUGGCAAACCAAGCAGCGAUGACAAGUGA